AUGGCAAAGAAGGUGGCCAUCAUCGGAGGAGGCAGCAGUGGGCUCUGCGCCAUCAAAGCCUGCCUGCAAGAGGGGCUGGAGCCCGUCUGCUUCGAGAGGACCAGGGACAUUGGAGGGCUCUGGAGAUUUGAGGAGCUCCCCGAGGAGGGCCGCGCCAGCAUCUACCGCUCCGUCAUCAUCAACACCUCCAAGGAGAUGAUGUGCUUCAGCGACUUCCCCAUCCCCGAGGAUUUCCCCAACUACAUGCACAACUCCAAGAUCAUGGAGUACUUCCGCAUGUACGCCCGGCGCUUCCCCCAGCGCCUGGCAUCGGACAGGAACCACAGGAAGAUUUUGGGAUGGGAGCAUGGAGGUCUCCACUUGGGAGCACUCCUCCGCUGCUCGGGAGGGCACCAGGAAGCCAAGCAUCCCUCCUCCCUGUCCGCAGGCAUCGACAAGUUCAAGGGCCGCUACCUCCACAGCCGAGACUACAAGGAUGCCCAGGAUUUCACGGACAAGAGGGUUGUUGUCAUCGGGAUUGGGAAUUCAGGGUCGGACCUAGCCGUGGAGAUCAGCCACACAGCCAAGCAAGUCUUCCUCAGCACACGCCGGGGCGCGUGGGUCCUCAACCGCGUUGGAGAUCGGGGCUACCCCUUUGAUGUCGUCCUCACUACCCGCAUGAAGACGUUCCUGCAGAAGAUGGUGACCACGUCCAUGGUGAAUGCCUUUGUAGAGAAGCAGCUGAACGCCAGGUUUGACCACUCGCACUACGGCCUGAAGCCAAAGCACAGGGCCCUUGACCAGCACCCGACCAUCAACGACGACCUGCCCAACCGCAUCAUUUCGGGACGGGUGCUGGUGAAGCCGAACGUCCAGGAGUUCACGGAGACGUCUGCCAUCUUUGAGGACGGCACCAGGGAAGACAUAGACGCCGUGGUCUUCGCCACGGGAUACAGCUUCUCCUUCCCCUUCCUUGAGGGCUGCGCCAAGGUGGUGGAGAACCAGAUCCCCCUCUACAAAUUCAUGUUCCUUCCCGACCUGGAGAAGCCGACGCUGGCUUUCAUCGGCCUCAUCCAGCCCCUGGGUGCCAUCAUGCCCAUCUCCGAGCUCCAGUGUCGCUGGGCCACCCGCGUCUUCAAGGGGCUGCAGGACCUGCCGCCGUCUGCCGACAUGCUGGCUGACAUCGCGCAAACCAAGGAGAAAAUGGCCGAGCGGUAUGUGAAGAGCCAGCGGCACACCAUCCAGGUGGAUUACAUCCCCUACAUGGACGAGCUCGCCUGCCAAGUGGGGGUCAAGCCCAGCCUGCUCACCCUCUUCCUCACCGACCCCAAGCUGGCGCUGGAGGUGGCCUUCGGGCCCUGCACGCCGUACCAGUACCGCCUGCGGGGCCCGGGCGCGUGGCCGGGCGCCAGGGAGGCCAUCCUCACCCAGCGCCAGCGUAUCAUCAAGCCCCUGCAAACCAGAGCCGGGGACCGCCCUCGAGUCGUCAUCAUCGGGGCUGGCGCCUCUGGCCUGUGCGCCCUGAAAUGCUGCCUGGAUGAGGGGCUGGCGCCCACCUGCUUCGAGAGGAGCGGGGACAUCGGGGGGCUCUGGCGCUUUGAGGGGAUGGGUCUGAAGAGCCUGACUGUGGGACUGUGA